AUGCGCGUAUGGUUCAUGAUCGCGGUUUUCGUUGGUUGCGCCACCGUGGAAACCCGGCCGGCGCCGUCCUCUUCCAGCACGCUCGCCUCACAAUUCAAAUUCGCCGAAAAAGCGGAUAUUUUUGUGACGCACAGGAAUAUCAAUGAAGGUGCGUUUUGCAAAAGUAUAGUCUGUUCACUUUUGACGUCAUAGAAGAGGGACAAAUGUUCAAACGAGCACAGACUACAGUACCUUUUGUUGAAGAGCACCUGCCUUCGUUUCGAUUCCGUUUAUCCAAUUAUUGCAGAUUUGACUGAGGACGAAACGACAAUCAAACUGGUCGGAACGUUCUCGGCGGUCGGAAGCAAUUACGAGACGGGCGGAGACAUUGUCCAGGUGCGUCGUCCGUCUUCCGUCAGCAUCUGGUGCCCUCGAGACGCUCUUCCGGAUGAUAUAUUCAUGCAAAAGCUCUUUCCGGAUGCUUGUUAACCCGGUUUUUUGGCGCCUCGAACCCCGGGGGAGUCUUGUGUGGAGAGCCGCCCCGCGCUAAAAUAUUAGUUGUUGUUGUGGCCGCGCUGUCUUUUCGGAUGUUGCUCCAGGGUACUCGGACGAGCGAAACAGAAACAGAAACAGAUAGGCUGCGUGGUUUUUGACAUAAUUUGGCGUGUAUUUGCACAAUGCAUUAGUGGCUGCCCGCAGCCAAUUUCCUUUUUCUGUGCCGUGCCGAUAGAGAGAGAGAGAGAGAGAGCACUAAUCGAAUUUGGGUGGAUGCUGCCUCCCAUACAGACGCGGACCCAUUAUCUGAUAGGAAAUUGAGAAUUCGAGGAGGAGGAUCGGGGAGAAGAUUAAAGGUUGAGAGCCAGCAUUACGGCAGCUGCUACAACUUUUACGGUAGUUUUUUUUUUGAUAAAACCAUGUGGAACUGUACGAUGCUAAAUCAGGAGAAAAGUGGUCAAAAUGAAAAAGUACAAAGUCUAGCGGAGCACUCUUUCUUCACUGUCAGCUCUUUUUUGCCCCUUUCUUUCGAAACUAUCUAUUCGCUAGUUCGUCAAUGCCAUCAGCAUGCAUUUCUAAUCAUCAGCUCCCCUCUUUGUGCUGUGCUCUUCUUGCUCCAACAAUCAUAUUUCACCGAUUAGGUAGGCGAGCUCCUCCUUGGUCCUUUGCCCAAAUUUUUGUGCUCUUUGUGCGGGUGAAUAGCGGCUCUCUGGAGACCACUUGGCCCGCGUUUUCAAAUGGAAUUUCUCGGCUCUCCACUCGUUUUUGUUCGGAUCUGGUGCUCAGCUCAGGCUCGUCGUGCUAACAAGUACAAGAUGGACAAACACAGACACAUACAACAAACAAAUAAUACACACAAUUACUAUGUCUCCUCCUUCUUCUUCUUCUACUUCUUUCUUUUUCCAUCGUCGUCGUCAUCAUCUUCUUCUUCUUCUUCUUCUCCUUAUUCGGCUUUUUAGUCGAAGCGGGUGGGCCAUGCGGCGAGCCUCAAAGAAGCGGGUAAAAGGGGGGGCAUAAAUUUUGGUGGGGAAAUGAGAGUGUAAUCCCAUUGAUGACCCCCUUCUGAUGCAACAUUUAAGGGGAUUAGCGGGAGCCGAUGGUUAUACUGUAGAAGAGAGAAAGAGGAAGAAGGCCCGACAUAGGGAGCGAAAGAAGCAUGCUACGCAAUUCUGGAUUAGGUUCCGGAUAGGUUAACCAGCAAAGAACUGUCGCAAUUCCAGGUCUCAUCGUUCCGUGCCUGUGACGCCCGUCGCAAAGGCCUCGAUCACACCGUCUUCGAGCACGUCUCCGUCGUCUUCGUCGAUGACGUUCAGCCAUUUCUAACCGGAUGCGUGGCCCUCGACAACCAGGCCCGAUUCGCGGAAAAGUCUGGAGCCAUGGCGCUGGUAGUCGGGCCUGCUUCUAGAGUUGAACGGACCACACGGCCCAUGACGGUGAGUUCAGAAGAUAUUAUGCAACUCAGCGGCAAAGAAACUUUUCAGAUUGGCGGCACCAAAAUCCCGAUCAUAGUGUUGGAUGACGAGCAGACGGAACGUCUUCGCAAUGAGCUCAGGACCGCUUCGGAUCGUGGCGCCGUCGUGAAACUGCGAAUCGGAUUCAUAGACGAGAAGCCGUCGAAAGUGUUGAAACUGCAGGUGUUCCGACCGACCAUCCUCAACAUUUCGCUCCUCGGCCUUCUGAUCGUUCUGAUCGUCUUCGUCUCCCUCCUCGUCGUCAUCAAGAUCCGCUGUCAACCGACUAUGCAUCGCGAGCUGUGGCUCCGUGCUCUCGCGCGAACCGCCCUGACCAAGAUGGAAAUCCGCAACUUCCAAAAGGAAAAGGGUGCGGGGAAUAAGAAGAAGUCCGGCAACACAUUCGCCCGUCUCAAGCAGCACCGUUCUUCGUCGAGGCACUCUUCCUAUCUGGCCGUGUUCGGUUCGCUCACUUCUGUUGCUCAGAGCUCGAACCAUUCGGCGCAGGAGCGAUGUGUGAUCUGUUUGGAGGAAUACGAAGAGGGAACCGAGCUGCGGGUGCUCUUCUGCGGACACGAGUUUCAUCCGAAGUGCGUCGAUCCGUGGCUGCUCUCGCGGAGAAGAUGUCCGUUGUGUCAGUUCGAUGUGGUUUACAAGCACUAUCCGAAGGUGGAUUCUCCGGAAAAAACGUCAGGGUAAGUGAAUGUUCUGUGGAAUGUUCGACUCAUUCUCUCCUUCCAGCCAUUCGAAUGACACGGAAUCCCUGCUGCCCCGCUCAUCUCCCGAAGAAGCACAUCUCGUUCCGCCCGGCUCCUCGACUGCUCGCUCCUCGCGCCCGUCUCGUUCCUGCCGCCAUCACAUCCCUUCCAACCUUCGCACUCCUUCCCAUCAACGCUCCGCUCAACCGGCUCCGCGCACGAGAAGUUGCCCGCGACGCCGUCAGCUGAGAUCCAGGAACCAGAUCGAGACCGCAAUUCGGUUAGGCGGGUAAGCAUCCCGACUAGAGCAUUCUGAAAGUACACAUUUGAUUGCAGAUACUCUUCCGACGUCUCCUCUUCGCACGCCGAGCCAUCCCGUUCGUUUGAGCUCGAGCCAAGGACACUCCAGCAGUUGUAG